CACCUCCCAAACUGGUUGAUUGCUGGGGACUAAAAGAGCAGCAUGAAGGCAACAGGCACCUCGGUGCUCCUCAGCCUGCUGCUGCUGCUGUCGUUCUUCUCGGGUGUAGCAGCUCAAGACAUUGAAGAGAUCUGCAAAGAGUUCUUAAACAGGAGUGUGUUCUGCACCAGGGAGUCCAACCCUCACUGCGGCACGGAUGGCGUGACGUACGGCAACAAGUGUGCCUUCUGCAAGGCUGUGCUGAGGAGCGGAGGGAAGAUUCGAUUGAAGCACAUGGGGAAGUGCUGAGCCUGAGCACCAAGCACUGAUCCUCGUCGGUCACAGGCGUAGGAGCCUGGGCACAGCAGCAGCUGUCCUUGUCUCUGCAAUUCUGCUCAAUAAAAUAAA